AUGUCUAUUCCCAUUCAUUCACGACCUUUGGAUCCGUUACUUCUGGAAGAUGGGCUCGUUUCGGGACUGAGCAAUAUGUCAAGCGUAGGUUUUGGGAAAUCGCCUGAAAGCGCCAUGGUAGAUGAAAUUUUCAACAACCCGGACGUUUGGAGUAUACAGUUUGACGAGGAAAGAAAUGCGGACUCUGCGGGUGCUGUUGAUUCCGGCCUCAAUUCAGGGAGUAGCUCAGCUCAAAAUGAGGGUGGGGAGAGUCGUAAUGUGGUUCAUAUCUCCGGAUCUUCAACCAAGAAGAGAAGACCGAACAGUGCACGAGUUCCAGAAGGUUAUCAUCUUAAACGAAGAUCAAAGCUUCAGUUGGAAGCUUUCACGCUCAGACCAUUUGAGAGCAGACAUCGCAUUAUGCCGUACCUUUCAUCUGCUUCAUCGAUGUCGGAUUCUUCGUCAAUCGCAUCGUCGACGCCGUCAUUGAACUCAUCCCUUCCUACCAUUUCCGACGAGGAUAGUCUGCGCUCGAAUUUGAAAUCCGUCAAAGCUCCUGUCAAAUGGCGAGGAAUGCAAGAUAUAGACGAAGGUCCGCACAGUUCGCUGUCUCUCGUCGCUCUCAUGGAAUCUUCGAACAACAUAUCGCCUGAAGCUGGGGAGAGGAUGUCGAUUCUAUGGUCACACCAGAAUAUUUUCCGUGCCUUGCCCACACCGAAAGGGGUCGAAUACAGUUUUCGAGAAGAGAGUCCCAGUAGUAGUCAGCCUUCAGCUGAAAGCAUUGGCAGUACUAUGCAUGCCGUCACCCGUGCAUUUCCCCUCUUGGAAACACAGGGGGAUUCGUCUCAACCGGGUGUCAUGAAGCCCAGGCGUAAUGUUCCUCCAUUAACAAUCUCGACUACUACUCGGACAACAACCACGACUAUAACUCAAGUCGUGACAAUACAGUCUCCUGCAAAGUCGUCCCCUGCCAGUAUCACCGUCGUCAGCGCCUCGGCUACAUGGAGCAUUUUGGAAUUAUACGGAGAUUCCCCGAAGCCUAGUCCGAAACUCCCGAAAACGUCUGGACACCUCGAUCGUUCAUUCAAGCCAUCGGACCUGCAGUUUCCUUCGCGGCCUCGUCUACCUCCCAAGUCGGCUUUUGCUUCGAAUUUCCCUUCAGGGCAGUUGCAAUCAGAGCUCACUUCAAGGAUAGUUGAACUUCCGGCCAAUUUCGUAAAUCCAGACCUGAAACCGAAGCUGAAAGGUGCAUCCUCACAAAUGAAGUCAGACGUGGUGAAGAAAGACGCAGCCCUUUCGGGCAGUCGGAAAAAUGGGAAAGUUCGACCAUUGCCCCAAGUUCCUCGAGAUCAUUCACCACCUCCACCAGUGCCCAUGAUUCCUUUCAAAGUUACUUCCCCUCCUACGACAAUGAUAGUAUCGGCAGCCGUCGGUGCAUCAAAUCCGUCAUUCGGCUCCCUCCCAUCUGAUUCGGAAAGCCGGUCGACAUUGGGACAUCCAUCUGCUUCGCCCUUCCCGCGCUCCCACAAAGCACACUCUGAUGUCGCUUCUUCGGAAGCAUCACUUCGAACGAAGAAAUCAGCGCUGCGUACUAGAAUGCCGCCACCGCCACCGUUACCCUUGGAUAGUCCUUUACCUGCUUUGCCCGCCAAUGCAAUCCAAGAAUUGCAGGGUCCUAUAGAGGGUUUGAAGAUAAUAGAACCUCUAGCGAUCCCCAUAAUGCAGCAAUCGAAAGCUCCUGAGAAUAAGGCUGAUGAAGUGAAAGAGACAGGGAAAGCUAAUGGAGCGAAGCUGGAGGAGAAAGUAUCAAUUUUACCUGCCCCUACUCAAUCAAAUGAGGAAGAGCAAACAGCUGGGGCUCCUGCACGGCCCAGUCGCACAAAUGUAAUCUCUCCUCUUCCUUCCCCUCUUCUUGAAAGGCUGCAUGCGUUGGAAUCAUUACCAGGAAUGAAGGAACUUUUGUCCCCACCUGCUAUCUCAAGACAUAAGCCCAGUGCAUCGGAGCCGUUACCAGGAUCAACCCAUCUUAAUUCGCCUUCACCUGGACCUAAGAGAGGCUUACAAAAGUCAUCUUCUAGAUCUUCCAUGCCACGGCUCACUCCAACUGUAUAUUUUCCCGAUGCAUCUACCUUAGCCAAACGCUUGCGAGAGGACUCUGCUACUCGAAUUCGACCCCCUCUGGAAUCUGAUUUGCACAUCAUCAUUACUGGUCCUGAAGUACAAGAGAACGUAGGGCAAGCUCCAUCGGUAGAGUCAAACGCCUCAGGUACUAGAGAGGUCGAAGCCUCGUUGACUUCCGCUCGUUUCACUGAUUCGUUUCCCGUGUCCGUGUCGACGCCCCUCGUUCUUCAUAAGGACCAUAUGAAAAUAGACAUUGCUCAAGUCUCCUCUAGUGGCUUCCCACUAUAUUCUCAAAGUGUAGGUGGAAAAGUGGAUUUCCCGUCCGUAGACCGGAUCCCUUCGCCUUUCCGAGUCACAAAUCCCCGACAACAAUCACCCGCACCUAAGAUGUCUAUGCCUCGGGAAGCGCUUCUUCCUACGCACAGAAAGGGAGUUUCUAUGAGCUCAGGCGACGCGAGACCGGCUGUCAAGGUUCAUAACAAGUCAUCAUCAGUAGGUUCCUUCAGAAUACCUGUUGUCGAGCACCCCUUUCCCGAUGUAGCCACCUUAGCGAAAAGGUUGGCGGCAAGAAAGAACCCCACUGGAUCCCUGCCAUCGUUCAAAGGAAAGACCUCUGACAAAAAUCUUUCGAAUUAUCGCCCCCAUGUCUCUUCAUCGGCUUCGGAUAGUGUGAUUCCCAGACAACACCAGAAAGAAGGCUCGAAUGUACCUUUGAAGCAUACUGACCGGAACCAAGUACCCCCUUCUGCAGUUCCUCGCCCAUCGCACAAGAAGAACGCUUCGACUUCUGCACUUCAUCAGAAAACUGACGCCGGUAAUCGAUCGAUAAAGAAAGUGUCGUCCCAUUCUUCACUGCGAAGUCCUGAUACCCUCGCUCUGGCUCCAGAUAUGGCUGGUCGUUUCAGGAACGGUUCAUCAUCCAUGCGACGUCCUAUCAUCCUUGAUGUACCCCUUCCAGAUGCCCGCAUGCUUGCUCAGCGAAUGAAAGCGCCAUCCGCCACCAGUAGUCGCCCAUAUGGCGAAGUUUCUGAUGCUUUCACUCCUUCCACGAUAUCAGCGGAUGUGGACUCAGCCCUUCCCCAGACGCGAUUCAAUCAGGACAGUAGUACAGAAGAUCAGAUUCUACUAGCAGCACCAGAACCGGUCGUGGCUACUACACCGUGGGUCUUUCUACCAAGUGAACGAUUGACAGAGUCUAUCUCUCCUCCGAUACAAGCCAAUAGUGUUCCGAAAAAUGAUUUAUUAACUGAAUCAAACAAGGAAGCUUCGAAGGCUGUAUCGAGACGUUCCCGUUCUGUGUCCGGAGCCAGAACCCCGAAAGCCCCUUUGCCGCCACUGCCUCCUCAUGUGGUACGCAGCUCUCCCCUUCACCCGGUUCCAAAUAGUGAUUCGGUAUCACGGACCCCAUCGCCAGGACCCAGUAUCCUCAUCAGAAGCAAGGUUGCUUCCCCUGCUCCCUCAACCAUGCAUGUGCGGUUUCAAUCUAUCAACAAGCAUCCCUUUCCUGCUGUAGCUGUUCCGAUAGUCAAAGCUGAACUUGAAAAGUCUCUUGACCGUUCGGAAAGCCAUCGUGGUCGUCAAUCGUCGAAUACGAAAGUUGUUCCACCUCAGGGUCGCUCCGCGUCGGUUCUUCCGCCCUCGAGAGAGACCAUUAGUAGUCGGAGGUCUGUAUCAGUGGCUGCCUCCUCGAGGAAUCAUCCUCUCCCUCCGAUACCGAUUACACCCGCUGAGGACUACAGUUCUGAUAGCCCAGUAAGUGCCGGAUCCAGGGGUCGUGUAUCGCCAUUCCCUUCAAGACCUGUUUCCCGAUCAUCUACUAUCACGACGAGUUUAUUUUGA